AUGUCAUCCUCCAAAAAGCGAUCGCGAACCGACACGGUGGAUGAUACGCGUGCCGAUUGCCCCUUUGAGGCCCGGCUCGUCGACCCCAAAGAGAAGGAGCUCAAGACCCAGAAGAGACACAAGGCCGGCGGAAAUGAAGAGGAGGAUGUUGAGGCAUGGCGUAAGAGGCUGACGCAGCUGUCGCCAUUUGCGCCGACUGGGAAGUUCAAGACACACGAGACAAUGGACGUACCUUAUAGUGUUGAGCCUGCUAAGAAAUGGAUGGACAUGACGAGAUACAACAGCUUUGUUUUAAACGGGGUAAAAUAUUUCAGCGAGGGUUUCAUCUUCGUUGCGAACGAGUCUUCCAUUGAGCGCAUCAAAGCAACUGAAAACAAGGGUCAACCCUUGGUCAAGUCGAACACCGAUGAGGAUUGGGUUGCGCGGAUUCUUGAGAUUCGAGCCAGCGACGAGCAUCACGUAUACGCCCGCGUCUAUUGGAUGUAUUGGCCGGACGAGCUCCCUGAACACACUGUAGAUGGGAAAAAAUUUCCCAAAGGCCGGCAGCCAUACCACGGCCGAGCCGAACUCAUCGCUUCAAACCACAUGGACGUGAUCAAUGUGGUUAGCGUAACUAGCCAGGCACAGGUGAACCAGAUGAUUGAAAACGAUGACGACGAUACGCAAGGUGCGCUAUACUGGCGACAAGCGCUCGAUGUCAGGACAAAUGAACUAUCGACUGUUGAGACGAUAUGCAGUUGCGGACAACCAGCAAACCCAGAUAACAUACUCAUUGGAUGUUCUAAGGAGAACUGCGGGAACUGGCUGCACCAGGAUUGUCUGAUUCAUGACGCCCUGCUUAAGACGUGGGAGCGCCUCGGUGCUGACAAGCCAUAUGUUGUGGUCAAGGAGGAGACAAAGGAGACACGACGGCCACUGAGCCCAACGGAGCCAGGCGCGGCCGCAUCAGCUCAGCAAUCUAUCGACGUCAAGGCAACCAGCCUCAAAGAUGUGGAGAUCAAGAUUGAUGACGUCAAGGCGGAGGGACCGAUAGUCAAAACUUCCGAGGAGCCUGUGAGCUCCGUAGCACCAUCCGAGACGCCCGGGCCGAGGGCCAGAAGGGGCACGUCAACGCCAAAUCCCACACCGGUCGCGCAGAAAGGAGGCAGAGGGAGGGGUAGGAGGAAGGCGGACAAGCCGUACGAGGGGCACUUUGAGGCAAAGACGAGGAUGGAUCUCACGCCGCCUGUGAUCGAGAUCACAGAUAUGAGAGAAUCAAUUGUCGGCGGCCAAAAGUCAUGGGAGGAGCCCAUGGACUGCCUGAUUUGCAGAAAGCGGAUUGUGUAG